AUGGCGACAGUCGGCGCGGACAGCUCCAAUCCAUACACGCUUGUUCCUGCCAGACACCCGUUAAACGGGGUCACUGUUUCUCCAACCGCUUCCACCUCCUCAACGGCAAAUCCAAAUACGGUUUCAAGUUUGUUUUCGACAGCCAGCAACCUUGCCGCCUCCUCUUCCGGCGUAUCAUCCAAUGCCAAUCCAAACGCCUUCAAAGCCCCGGCGCACAAACAUGCCCAUCAUCUGCAUUCCAUACCACCCAGAGAGAAGAGCACACGGACUCUCAUCGUUGACUACAUGCUAUGGGUCCAUGGCAGAACUCGUUUUGCACAAGCUCGAGCAGAACUAGGCAUGACUGACCGCACUGGCGGGGCCGGGACACCUCAGUAUGCCCAUAGGCAGCGACCAGAAAACUACGAGGAGGAGGACGAUGUGGGGAGCGAUGGAGAGGAUCCAGUUACGCUUAAAGCUCGGGCCGGCGACCCCGGUAGGCCACAUAACGACGACGAAGAUGAGCGGCUUCGCUCUCAAGACUUAAGUCUUGCACGAGCACUACGACUACGUGCUGAAGGGGUGGAAAAAGUUAUAACAUCGAUGCUGGAGCAAGCCCCACCACCUCAUCCCGUUCCGUCUGAAGAGUUACUUACACCGCCCACAUCUCCCCGAAUACAGCCAACUGGCGGUAAAAACCUUGGGCCUCAUGCGUUGCCAAAUGGCGUUCGCCUUCGCUUGUCGCUUGGGACAAUGAUCAACGACUUGUUUGCUCGUCAGGCACCAGUGCAGCCUCAUCGACAUCGAAAACAAACAAGUGCAUCUCCUGCUGCCCCCGUUUCGACUCCAAGUGCUACCGCAGACCCCGGACUUCCUGAUGCCCUCAAAAAUAUUGCGACAAUAUCGGCCUCGUGUCCUGACGAGCCCAAUGUUCAACCUUGGACAGUUUCAAGCUCAACUCUUCGUCCAGGACCUGGUCCACUUUAUCCUGUUCAACCCCGGCUACCACCUUCAGCAAGUGCCCGUACUCGAGCACUUUAUAACGCUGGGGCGGAUCCAAGCACGGCAAACUCUCCUCCUGCCUUCCGCUGUCCCCGUCAUCUGCAUACAGGCUGUGAAAUCUGCGUCGAAGCCAAAUCAACUCCUCGGGGUAGCAAUCGCGGACGCGCAUCAUCAUUCGGCGACUCGAACGGUGCGGGAAGAACGCAGUAUUGGAAAGGCAUGCCUGGAGGUGUCAGUCCUGAGGGUGGAGGAAUAACAGGCUGGCAAGAUGGUAGCGGAAUCGGAUCUGGGCUGUUAAGACCGAAAAGCACUGGGACAGUUCUGAGAAGAAAAACGAAGGACACUUUUGAUGGGCCAGAUGGGUCAACAACACAGAAUGGCGCUGGCAAUACAAAACUCUCGGAGCUGAUUCCGCGCUUUAUCCGGCUUUCAGCAAUGGUAGCGGCAGAGAUGGGUCGUGAGGCACGUGGGGAGGAGGAGGAGCCAGCAGUCGAGGAAAGAGAAGAUGGCGACGAGGAUUCACCAAUGUCUGUUGCGGAACGCCAAGAUUGGGAAGGGGCACCACCAACAGAUUUGGAACCGUUGCCACCACCCGCUACACCUGUGCCGUCUGAUUCACCAGACGAAAGCAAGACGGCGAUGUAUGCCUCCGCGUUACUGCCCUCUCGGGAAUGGUAUCUUCUGCUAGCUGGUCUGCUGACAAGAGCGGUGCUAGAAGGCUAUUUAACUGCCGGCUGGCAAGGCCCCGAUGCCGUAGAUUGUUUGUUGAAAGUUGGACUUGGGAAGCAGACCCCUCGAGAAGACGGAGACGAGUUCGAAGAAUUCGAUCCGGAUGAACUGCCGAGUUUACUUGAUGCAACGCGACUGCUGUUUCCUGCGUUGCGCGACGGGAACAAGGAGGUUAAGGGGCAGGCGGAAGAAGAGUAUGAAAAUGAAAUGGAAACAAGACUACGACGGUUCUAUGAUAUCCCGCUGUCCACACCAGACUUGUCCACGCAUAUGGAAGAUCUGGCAUGGCAAUACCCCGCAGAACCCGUUGAACGCGCUGCAGUGCGUUUCUGCGAGGCAAUUGAAAAGUGGAGAGGCAAACCUGAGCUAGAGACUUAUAAAAAGAAACCACCGCCUUCUUCGUCGCCAGUCGUAUUGCUAGACACGCCGAACAGCGCUAUGGAGUCGAUUCAGAGUCCUGCGACGACGGCCACGCCAUCUAUCGGGCCUACUGCUGCUGCUAAGCUGGUUCGCAGCACAAGAAAACCCUCUAUCCAGGUUUAUUUCCCGACUUUUCCGAUGCCUCGUGUAGGAAGUGGGUGGAGUCACCAUGCUGGGCCGGCGAAACGGUUGCGAUCGCCAGAGCCCGAGACGGCGCAGGACCGGCCCACUAAGGUACCUCGCGGUGGUUGA